CGGUGUAUCUACAGUCGUAAAGCUCAAACAGUGCACACAGGUACUGACUUCUGUAACGCAAUAGACGCUUAGUAAUCCCUUUUGAAGCAAAAUGGUUCAAAUCGUUGGAAAGUAUCAACAUGUCAGCAACUCUCCCGAGUUCGAGGACUAUCUCAAAUCUUUCGGAGGAGGCGACGACCCCAGGUUACAGACGAUCCUUAAAAGCAGCCCGACGAUAACGAUUUCCGAGGCUGGCGGUCAGUGGACAGUGGCAGUUACCAACGAAGGCAAGGAUUCCACUUCGACUUUCAAGCUGGGAGAACCUUACGACGAAGUCCUGCCAAUGGGUGCUACCCUAAAGAGCGUAACGAAACAGGAGGGUAACAAGUUUAUCACCGAGUCAACAGUAUCCGGCGCUACGAAGGGUCUCAGAGUUUACGAAUUCAGUGACGCUGGUAUCAAAGUGACGCUGUCUGACGACAAGAGUGGUAAAAGCGCCACGCGUUCUUACAAGAGGGUUUAAAUCGAUUGGUCAUCGGCUAAAGUAUACAACUUCAUUGCAAACGGAUGCCGGACUCAGACACGUCUUUACCUAUAUAAACAUAUGUAUAGAUUUUUAAAUGCUUAUGAAUAAAUAGUUACAUACCAGGCAAUCUA